AUGGCAGCCCCGGAUGGUGCGCGCGAGUUUUACACCGGGAAGAACGUGUGCGCGCCCAUGGUGCGCAUCAGCACCCUGGCGACGAGGCUCUUGGCGCACGAAUACGGCGCAGACUUGGUGUACGGGGAGGAACUCGUGGACAAGCGUUUCAUGCACUGCAGGCGGAUAUUAAAUAAAGAGCUCGGAAGCGUUGAUUUUAUCGACGCCAAGGGCACGCUGACAUUCCGCACGGUGCCAGAGGAGCGCGAGCGCGUGGUGUUUCAGGUUGGAACUUCUUCGGCGGCUUCGGCUCUGAAGAGCGCGGAACUCGUCGCCAGGGACGUAGCGGCGAUUGACGUUAAUAUGGGGUGUCCCAAGCAUUUCAGCACGUCCGGUGGGAUGGGUGCGAGACUGUUGAGCCAGCCUGAAUUGGUAAGAGACAUAUUGACCACGUUGAGGAGGAAUCUGCCAUCGACGACACACGUGACUUGCAAGAUACGGCUGCUUGAGAGCGAGAGAGAGACAGCAGAGUUGGCGAAAAUGAUAGAAUCUUGCGGAGUCUCUGCAUUCGCAGUGCACGGCCGUUAUAUUCCACAGCGUCCACGCGAGCCAGCGCACUGGAAUCUUAUAAAGAACGUCGUUGAAGCGGUCGACUGUCCCGUCAUUGCAAAUGGCGAUGUGGAAUGUUACGAAGAUUUUGCGAGAAUUAGAGCCCAAACAGGCGCGGCUAGUGCCAUGUGCGCAAGGGGAGCACAGUGGAACCUUUCGAUAUUUCGUCCAGAAGGCAUGCUACCGAUUGAUGUGGUAAAAAAGCACUUUGUUCAAAGAGCAAUCGAGUAUGACAAUCCGUGGAACUUUACAAAGUUUCAGUUGCGAGAGAUUUUAGUUCACAACAAGCGCAUGGCUUCUGAUGAGGGACAAUGUCUCAAUAAGUGCAAAACAUGGGAUGAACUCGCGGAGCUUUACUCGUUAGAAGACGUGCUGAAGGAGAGCCGAGAGAAGCGUCGGCGAGCCGCACUUCGAGACGACGACGAAUACACUGACACCGUUCAUCCAUAG